AUGGCCACAAUGACAGAGUUGAGUCCCACAGCAAGGAAGAGUGAGUAUUCCCAAGAUAUUCAAGGAGAUGAGAAGCUCAUUUCCAGGAAAGUUCCAAGCUUAUGUUCCAUUCGCUAUGGAAUAGCCCUCAUCGCACAUUUCUGCAGCUUAACCCUGAUGGCACAAAAUACUAUCAUAAACAUCACCAUGGUUGUCAUGGUCAACAGCACAGACCAUCAAUCCCAGCUCAAUAGAUCAGCUGAGGGACUAUCUGCUGACUUAUUUGAUGACCCAGAUAAAGCCCCGAAGAAUCCUCCUGCAAGGGCCCCUGUGUAUAACUGGAGUCCUCAAAUCCAAGGCAUCAUCUUCAGUUCCAUCCAAUAUGGCAUGUUGCUGACACAGUUUCCUGGUGGAUACCUGGCUGGGAGAUUGGGAACAAAGAGAGUGGUUGGUGUUGCUUUGUUUGUAUCUUCACUUCUCACGUUGUGCAUUCCUGUGGCCGCUAACCUUGGACUUGGUUUACUCAUUGCAACUCGAAUAGUCCAGGGCCUAAGCCAGGGUGUAGGAUAUGGGGGUCAGCUUGCAGUUUGGCAAAGAUGGGCUCCUCCACAUGAACGAAGCAGUCUAUGCAGCAUUGCUUUAUCAGGAAUGAUACUGGGAGCCUUCCUUGUCACCCUCAUGGGUGGCCUCAUUAGUCAAGCCCUUGGGUGGCCAUUUGUCUUCUAUAUCUUUGGAGGCAUUGGCUGUGUUUGCUGCCUUCUCUGGUGUGUUGUGGUUUAUGAUGACCCUGGCUCUCACCCAUGGAUAAGCACCUCAGAAAAAGAAUACAUCAUAUCCUCUUUGGAUCAACAGGUCAGUUCAGAAAAGCAGUCACUACCCAUCAAAGCUAUGCUCAGCUCUCUACCCCUUUGGUCUAUAUGCCUUUGCAGUUUCAGCCAUCAAUGGUUAAUUAACACCUUUCUUAUGUACACACCAACUUACAUCAGUUUUGUGUUCAAAGUUAACAUCAGAGAUAAUGGGCUCCUGUCUUCUCUUCCUUUUCUUGUGUCCUGGGUCAUUGGUAUCCUAACAGGGAAGGUGGCAGAUUUCCUUCUGGUCAAGAAUUUUAGACUUGUCACAGUGAGGAAAGUCGUCACAAUUUUAGGAACUCUUCCCCCUUCUGUCCUCCUGGCGGCCUUGCCUUACCUCAACUCCAGCUAUGUCACAACAAUUACAUUUCUGACGAUUUCGUGUGGACUAUGCCCAUUACCUCAGGCAGGGGUCUAUAUCAAUGCCUUAGAUAUUGCUCCAAGAUAUUCUGAUGUUCUCCUGGGUGCCUCAAGAGGAUUUGCACCUAUAGCAGCUGUGCUGGUACCCACUGUGAGUGGAUUUCUUCUCAAUCAGGACCCUGAGUUUGGGUGGAAGAAUAUCUUUUUCUUGUUGUUUGCCAUUAACAUAUUGGGUUUGAUCUUCUACCUCAUAUUUGGAAAAGCAGAUGUCCAAGACUGGGCUAAAGAGAGGAAACUCACUCGCUUAUGA